AUGGCCCCAAAUCCCGACUACAACAGCGUCUCGGCCUUCCACGCCAAGCUCGCCCGGAGCAAGCGGAUCUUGGCCGUGUGUGGGGCCGGCCUCUCGGCGUCGUCCGGCCUGCCCACCUUCCGCGGCGCCGGCGGCCUGUGGAGAAACUACAAGGCCACGACGCUGGCCAGCCCAGAGGCUUUCAGAGAGGAUCCGGGGCUCGUGUGGAUGUUUUAUGCCUAUCGACGGCACAUGGCACUGCAAGCCAAGCCGAACGCAGGCCACUACGCCCUGGCAGCACUCGCCCGCAAGAACCCAGACUUUCUCUGCCUCUCACAAAACGUGGACUACUUGCAUCCCCGCGCCGGCCACCCACCCUCCCAACUCCGUCUCCUGCACGGCUCGCUCUUCAGCAUUAAAUGCUCCUCCCAGACCUGCCAUUGGUCCGACCCAGCCAACUUCUCAGACCCGUUCUGCCCGGCCCUGGCGCCGGCCGCGGAAGACGCGCCCAGCUCGCCCGACCAGAUCCACCCGCUGCUCGACACCAGCAAGCCGCUGCCGCACAUCCCGGCCUCGGAGCUCCCGCACUGCCCAGAGUGCGGCAACGGCCUGCAGCGGCCCGGGGUGGUGUGGUUCGGCGAGGCGCUGGACGAGGCCAUGCUCGAUUCCAUCUAUGCGUGGAUCGACGAGCGGGAGGUCGACAUGGUGCUGGUGGUCGGCACCAGCUCGGUGGUGUGGCCUGCCGCCGGCUUCGCCGAGGUGGCGAGGACCAAGGGGCGGACGAGCGUCGUGACGGUCAAUUUGGAGGCUGAGCUACCGCAUAAUGUGCGUAAUUUGAAGAAGGAGGAUUUCGCGUUUGCGGGGGACGCCGCGGAGGUGUUGCCGCGGUUGUUGGAGCCUGUUAUUGGGGAGGUCGGGGAGGAUGGGACCUUUGAGGGUUUGACCUAA